UGCGGGUGGAUUCUCUGAUGUACCCUGCCGUCAUCUCUCCCCAAGACCCCACACUCCUCAUUGGCUCCUCACUGACAGCUUCCUGUUCGGUCGGUGCCGAUUCGAGCCUGAGGGCCGAUGACCUUUACUGGACUCUGAACGGCCGGCGGCUUCCGGCUGAGACCUACGAGGUCCUCAGCGCCACCACUCUGAGCGUGGCCAUCUCGGGUUUGAAUGGAUCGCAGCAGCAGUCGGGAGAUAACUUGGUCUGCCACAGCAAGGACGGAGGCAUCUUGGCCGGGUCGUGCCUCUAUGUAGGAUUGCCCCCGGAGAAGCCCACCAACAUCUCCUGCUGGUCUAAGAACAUGAAGGACCUCACCUGCAAAUGGGCGCCCGGAACGGAAGGCGAGACCUACCUGCACACGAAUUACACCCUCAAGUACAAACUAAGGUGGUACGGGCGGGAUAACACCUGUCAGCAGUAUCAUACGGCCGGACCGUAUUCCUGCCACAUCCCCAAAGACCUGGCUCUUUUCACACCUUAUGAAAUCUGGGUCGAGGCCUCCAAUCGACUCGGGGUGGCUGUGUCCGAAGUGGUCAUGUUGGACAUUGUCGAUGUUGUGACCACUGACCCCCCCUCGAACGUCCACGUGAGCCGCGUCGGAGACUUGGAGGACCAGCUCAGCGUCCGAUGGAGCGCCCCCCCAGCCCUCAAAGACUUCCUCUUCCAAGCCAAAUAUCAGAUCCAGUAUCGAGUGGAGGACAGUUCGGAGUGGAAGGUGGUGGACAACGUGGGGAAUCAAACCUCAUGCCGACUGGCAGGCCUGAGGCCGGGCACCGUCUAUUUUGUCCAAGUGCGCUGCAACCCGUUUGGAAUCUACGGCUCCAAGAAGGCCGGGAUCUGGAGCGACUGGAGCAACCCCACGGCGGCCUCCACACCUCGGAACGGACGGGCCACGGGCGUCUGCGAGCCGAAGAGCGGGGAGCACAACAACACGCUGCGCCGGGAGCUGAAGCAGUUCUUCGGGUGGAUGCGCAAGCACGGGAGCUCGUACGGCUGCGCCAACCUGAGCAUCAAAAUGUACGACCAGUGGCGCGUCUCGCUGCAAAAGUCGCACAAAACGCGGAACCAGGUCCUAUCCGGCGAUAAGUCGUAGCAAAGUUUGAAGGAGCAAUGAGCCCAGCCAACGAGGACUCUCCAGCAGUU